AUGAGUUUAACAUUGAGGCAUUUGAAUGCUGAUACAUCUUGGUUAAUUUUAUUCGAAAACUUUAAAAUAUUACUCGAUCCAUGGCUAUUCGGUUCGCAGAGUGAAUUCUCUCGUUAUUUUUCAACUCAAGAGCAUGCUGUUAAGCCGUCUAUUCAAAAUAUAAAUCGUGAUCUUCACAUGCAGAUUGAUGCAAUCAUUAUUUCGCAUGAAUUUACUGAUCAUUGUCAUGAACAAACAUUACGUUCAUUAUCCAAAACUAUUCCAGUUUUUGCGACCACUAAUGCUAGCAACCGUAUACGCCGGUGGAAUUAUUUUCAAUAUGUCUAUGAGAUUCCCUUGUUGGAUGAUCGACCUGAAAAUUUCACACUUUCCAUGCUAAGUGGGCAACAACCAGAGUUGGGCAUGCCUAGCACAAUCAGUGUGGGAUAUAUACGGGAAAAAGGAUUGACGAAUUUGGCAUCAUUGCAUGGUGCAACAUGCAUAUCGUUUCUUGUAAACAAUCAACAGUGGCGUAGUUUACUAUAUGUACCGCAUGGAUGCAAACAAAGUUCGAUUCACGACUGGUUAAAUCAGCAAUGUAAUGUCAAGGUCAGUGUUCUUCUGCAAGGAUUCAACAGGAUCUAUAAUCCUGUAUGGCUCGGUGGUGUACUCAAUUAUGGAUGUGAGAAAGCAGCCAAGCUAGCGGUAGCUGUCAAAGCACAAUAUUGGAUAGCUACUCAUGAUGAGGAUGUACUAGCAAGUGGACUAGUUUCCAAAUUCGUCAAACGAGACACUUAUGCAAUCACCGAUGCACAGAUACAGUUAAAUAAGUAUCUUACUCAGAAUACCGAUCAACGCAUAGCUACAAGUAUUCAUGACGUUCAAAAUGGAGACUCAUUGAUAGUAGAUUUAACAAUCUGA